UGCCACUUGUCUUCUCCUUUUUCUAAAUUCUCUUUAUGCUUCUUUCCUGCUCCAAUGAUCGCAGCAAGAUUUCGCCAUUCUUUUCUGCAAAAUACAGUCAGCUCAAACUCUUUGUGGGUUUUCCGCUGAACCCCUUCAUAUAUGGCCACUGAAGCACAUCACUUUCCCAAGAUUAAUGACCAAGGCACUUCUAGUUCUAGUAGAGCUUAUAACCCAAUUCAAAAGGAUGUAGAGCCAUCCGAAAUAACUGAGGAACUCCCUAGUAGACAUACACAUGGGAGAAGUAAAAGCCUUACCGAGAUACCCACAAGAACGCUAGAUGAAACAAGAGAGGAAUUUUUUAGAACAAGCAAACCUCCAACUCCAUCUCUUAGAAGCCAAAUAAAUGAGUUCCAAGUUCCUUCUUCAACCAAAAAUGAAUCAACUACUAAAACUCUUAUUCCCAAGCUCAGUUUUAAAUUUCACAACACUUGUUCAGAUGUUGAAGAGGCAUCCAUCCCAGCACUUGAAGGUUCACCCCCAGAACGACUGCAAGAUCCUAUUAUUUCAAGAACAUCAUCACCUAAUGGGAAGAAAAUAUCAUCCCUACCUGUCACUCCAAUUGCUCAGUCAAAUCAGGAGUCUGAGCAUGGAGGGAACAUUUCCUACCCAGCAACACAUGUUAAAAAAGGACAGCAGUUACCGAUGCAUCGUUCCCGUUCAGUUCCUGUGCUUACCGAAGAUGGCAACACAUACGUAGGUGCCAUGUUUCGUAUUGUUCCUACCACACCACGGUUGGCAAGGAGUAUUGCCACAACAUCUACGAAAUCUCCACCUGACGACACCAUCGAAAACGAGGAUGGGGAAGAUAUUCCUGAAGAAGAAGCCGUCUGCAGAAUUUGUUUGAUAGAAUUGGGAGAAGGUUCUGAUACCCUUAAAAUGGAGUGCAGCUGCAAAGGUGAACUUGCACUGGCACACCAAGAAUGUGCAGUUAAAUGGUUUAGCAUUAAAGGCAACAGAACAUGCGAUGUGUGCAAGCAGGAAGUUCAGAACCUACCCGUCACUCUUCUACGAGUUCUAAAUGGCCAGACACUUUACUUGACAAGGAGUAGAAGCCAACAAUACAGGGUUUGGCAAAAUGUCCCCAUUCUUGUGAUCAUCAACAUGCUGGCAUACUUUUGUUUUCUUGAGCAGCUACUUGUUUCAAGUAUGGGAUCUGGUGCCGUUGCCAUUUCUCUCCCUUUUUCAUGUAUACUAGGUCUACUUGCAAGCAUGACAUCCACAAUUAUGGUGACGUGUGAACAUGUUUGGGUUUAUGCAAUUGCCCAGUUUGUUAUGGUGGUUCUGGCUGGACGUCUUUUCUAUUCACUGCUUAAUAAGGAAGCCGUUCUAUCCAUCCUACUUGCUACAUUUACUGGGUUUGGAGCUGUGAUGUGUGGAGCUUAUAUUCUUAUUGAGUUUUUGAAGUGGAGAAGACGAUGGCUUGGUUCCCAAGAGGUGGUGCUGCCUCAUUAAUCAUAUUCAUCUGCGACCACUCACCAAGCUUUGACCGAUUCUCAACAUCAUGAAAAUAAUGCAGUGCAUGUGAGCUGAUGUAGAAUAUACUUUGAUAUUGAUGGUGUUUAGCUGUACAUAAAAAUAUAAUGUAUGGACUAGUUAAUUUAAGCACAUUACACCCUUUUUUGACUCCGUGGUACUCGCGAGAAUACACAAGUAUCACAUUCCUUGAGAGUUGAGACCGCUGACUCAAAGCCAGUUGUAACUGUGAGGCCAAGAAACUUCUGAGCAAAUCCUGUAGGUGAAAAGAUAAAGAAAGAUGGUUUGUGUACAAUUUUAGGGGAACACAAAGGAUUUUGUACUAUAAAGAUGGUUGAAAAGAUGAAUACAUAUGUGAUAUGUCUAUUUUGGUUGCCUUCUCUA